AAAUUGUCAUGUAUGUCAUUAUCUGUCAAAUUCCAACAUUCAGGAAAAAGAUAAAAAAUACAAAUUUUUCUACAGUCAUUUUGCACAAUGCUUUAAUAUAAAUUUUUAUAUUUUUAUACAAUAUUUUGACUUAAACAUGGGAAUUUUACUAUUAGAGGAACAACCUCUCAUAAUUCAAGCUAUUUUUGCUGGUUUUAUAGAGAAUGUGAAGGAUCUUGUUCAAUAUAAACAAGAAGUCAACUGUUUAGAUGAAGAAAAACGUACACCUCUUCAUGCUGCUGCUUAUAAAGGAGAAGCAGAAGUUACUGAACUUUUGUUAAAGAAUGGGGCCAGGGUAAAUGCCAAAGAUAGCAAAUGGGUUACCCCUUUACACAGAGCUUGUUCUGUAGGAGCAGAUAAAGUAGUUGAACUGCUUCUUAGUUACCAAGCAGAUGUAUGUGCUAGAGACAGACUGUGGCAAACACCAUUGCAUGUAGCAGCUGCUAGUUCUGCUUAUAGUUGUGUAGAACAAAUUUUGUACCAUCUACCAAACCCAAAUAUACGGGACAGAUCGGGCAGGUCUGCAUUGCAUUAUGCAGCCUAUAAUGGGCACACUUCAAUUGCCGAACUGCUUAUCUCUAGAGGGUGUAUGGUGAACGCCUGUGAUAAACGAGAUUGUAGACCUUUGCAUUGUGCCGUUCAAACAGGACACACUGACACAGUAGAAUUAUUGAUUAGAUGUGGAGCAGAUAUAAAUACAAAAGAUAGAAACCUCUACACCCCUCUACACGUUGUAGCUGCUAGUGGUAUAGAUAGUGUAUCCAAACUAAUUCUUCAAGCUGGUGGCGAUGUAAAUGCUCAAAAUGUUUAUGGUAACACUCCACUACACAUAGCAUGUUUGAACGGACAUUUAAAUGUAUGUCAAGACCUUGUUGCUUUCGGUGCUAACAUUGAAGCUACCAAUUUUCGAGGACAAACGCCUUUACAUAUUGCUGCUGCCAGUACACACGGAAUGGAUUGUUUGACGUUCUUAUUGAGACACAAUGUCGAGUUGGACUGUCAGAGUUUGGAUGGAAGAACAGCUCUUCACAUGACUGCUAUCCAUGGAAGGUUUACAAGGAGUAAGACACUUAUAGAUAAAGGUGCUCAGAUAGAUUUUGCUGAUAAGAAUGGAUGUACGCCCCUUCACAUCGCAGCCCAAUAUGGCCACGAUAUUCUGGCAAAUACCCUUUUGACAUUUGGCGCAAAUCCAUCGAAAAAAGGCUUUGAGGGACGGACACCACUUCACAUGUGUUGCUUAUCUGGGUAUGUGGAAUGCGGUAGAAAAUUUGUGCAAUGCGGCGUCGAUCUCAACGAUAAAGAUGACACAGGAAAAACUCCAACACACUGUGCUGCAUAUAAAGGAUCUUAUGAGUGCCUAGAUUUACUCGUCAGCAACGGAGCUGACUUCAAGCUGACAGAUAACUGUCUUCGUCUUCCAAUCCACUAUGCAGCCUCUCAGGGGCAUUACCAGUGCGUUUUUACCUUGGUUGGGAUCGGUAGUCCAGUGAACGAUAUCGAUAUUGAAGGAUGUACGCCUCUUCAUCUAGCGGCCGCCUAUGAUCAUGACAGUAAAUGCGUCGAUUAUCUUCUCGAUCACAAAGCUGAUCGUAAUAUGAAGGACAAUCGAGGUUUUACUCCGUUACAUUAUGCCAUAGCAGGUGGGAAUAUAAAUGGCGUUAAAAGAUUACUUAGAACCGACACAAACGAUCAAAAGAAACAAGACUGCGAUGAAAUUAAAAGAAUGAUGGAUAAGUGUUCAGUAGAUAUUACACCUUUACACUUAGUGGCCAAGCUCGGAAACUUAGAAAUCCUGAAAAUGAUAAUGCCUUAUUUUGUCGACGUUAACAUUAGAACAAAUCAAGGGAUAACUCCGUUGCUGCUGGCAGCACGAGAAGGCCAUGUGCAGUGCGUACAAUUUUUACUCCAUUUCGGUGCCAAAGUUGCUUUAGCUGAUUAUAUAAACAACAUGACGCCUGUCCAUUACAGUGCCAAAAACGGACACUCGCAGUGUUUGAGUCUGCUGCUGCACAACAGCGAAGAUCAGAAUGUUGUUAAUAUGCUGGAUAGGCAACAUAGGACGGCCUUGAUGUUAGCUGUCUCUGGGAACAACCUAAAAUGUGUCCAUACAUUGUUGAAAUGUGGAGCCGAUCCUAACAUUGUGGAUACCGACGAUCAUUCAUGUCUUUUUAGAGCAGUUGUUAGCGGACAAGACGGUGUUGUACAACUUCUUCUGUCUAGUAACGCGAAAGUUGAAACUACCGAUAUCAACGGCAAAACGGUGCUACAUCUAGCUGCAGCUUGUGGACACUUGAACUGUAUGCAUAUGAUACUAAACUACAUGACCGAAGAACAAAUAAUCGCAAAGGAUAAACAGCAGUGUACAGCUUUGCAUUGGGCUUGUUAUAAUGGAUAUGCAAAUUGUGUAGAAUCUCUACUCGACAAAAAAGUGUUUAAAGAAUUGGAGGAAAAUUCAUUUUCACCUAUUCACUGUGCCACAUUUUCAGGGUCAGACAAGUGCCUAGAAUUAUUAGUCAAUUACUUUGGAAAAGAAAUAGUUAAUUUGUCAGAUUGUCGAAAGAGAACUCCGCUACAUAUUGCUGCUCUGCAUGGCCAUACAGAAUGCGCGAAAUAUUUAAUAGAACAAGGUGCUGACAUUCAAGUAUUCGAUGAGGAGGGACGGACGCCAUUUAUAGCCGCUGCGCAGUACGGACAGACUCAAAUUGUUGAACAAUUAUUAAGUUGUAAAGUUGAUCGUACUACUUGUGAUAAACUUGGCAAUACUGCUUUACAUUGGGCGUGCCUUAAAAAGCACAACCAAACUGCCUUAUUAAUUUUAGAAGGAUCUCCAGGAGAUGAAAUUAUCAAUGUAGCCAAUAGUGACAAGAAAACCCCACUACAUAUUUCUGCAAGAAACGGCUUAGUAGAUGUAACAAGGGAAUUACUGAAGAAAGGGGCCUCGAUAAUAUCUGUAGACAAUGAAGGAUUAACACCUGCUUUGUGUUGCGCUCCAAAUAACAGUGUUGCACAAUGCUUAGCAUUGAUUUUGCAGUCACCAUUCCCGAAGAAUUCAAAAUCAGGAGAUGGAGUGUCUUCAGAGUUAUCGGCGAAAAACAUCAGUUUAGCUGUACAAAUAACGAUGUCCAACAUAUCUAAUAUUGAUUUGGAAGGCGGAUCUAACCAUUCUAGUGAUAAUGAAUUUUAUUAAAUUUCUGUACUUUGUACUUUAGACAAAUUAAUUUGUUGAAAACUACUCUUUUAAAAGGAAGUUGUAUUGUAUGUAAAAAAUAUUGAAACUAACAUAUCGUAACAUUGUAGGCACGCUGUUACAUAUAUUGAUCAAAGAAAUUCUUCAACUUUCGUAUAUUGUAGAGCAAGAGCUUCAAGAGCAAGAAUUUUUGAUGAAAUUUUGUUAUGGUGGAAUGUUAUGAUUAUUGGUGUCUUCAUAGCUUUGUUUUCAGUUAUUUACCUUUAUAUAAGCAUCUCUUUCGUACACCAGUCAAUGGGAGCAAGAAUAGGAUAUUACCUCCGAAUUCCAUCCUACUGCAUGGAUUUUAAUGAAAUUUUGGACCUAGCCUCUAGUUAUCUCCUAAUUCAAAGUCUACGCUAUGCCGAUGUGUGCUUUUAGGGGUGGUUCCCACCCCUUCUUAGGGGUGAAAAAAAUUUUUGGUUAAAAUUACCACGGAAUUCGCUAGAGAACCUAAUUCUAAGCAAAAACUGUUCUAUAAUUUUUUUUUGAAAACUCAAUACUUUUUGAGAUAUUCGUGGUUGAAAAUUGGCCAUUUUCAUUGAAACAUUCGAAACCUUUUCGAACGGUUUUUUGCGAAUACCUUAAAAACUAUGCAUCUAACUAAAAAACUGUAUUAAACAUUUUUGUAGGCCAUAAAACAACAAAGAGACACUUGCCUUCAUAAAUCUUCUAGUUAUAAUACAAAAGGAGAUAUGGUAGGUGAAAAUAGUUUGUUUUUUGAUAUAUUCUCAAAUUGGUGUAUUCAACUUGAAAUAACAGAGAAACGGUCGAUUUUAGGUGUAUAAUGCUAGUGCAUUAUACACCUAAAUACCUUUUGUAGUGCUUGAAAAGACCUUUAAAAUGAGCUAUAUUAAAGGGCCAUUACAUUAAAACUAAGCGAGAUAUGCUGCAAACAAAAUUGAUAACUAAUGUAUUUUAAGAAAAAAUGAGAAGUAAUUUUAACCCCCAUCCACCAAAAUGUAAAUGCAUCGUUUUCCUUUCACAAUACCUUUUAUUAUAGUGUUAUUUCUCUGUUCAAAAAGUUGGACGGGUUUAAAAUGAAUGGUUUUUGAAAAAAAAAAGAUCAAAUUAUAGAGAGCAUUUUUAAAUUUUCUUAAAAAUUUUCCUUUUUCUCCAUGUAACUUGAAAAUGAUAAGAGAUACAGUAAUGAAAAAUAAAAAGGAAAUUUUUAUCUGAAAAAGCCCUACAUUUUUGUGUGGUCUCUUUUUUUUCGUAUUUCAUAUCUUUUUCGAGUUACAUGGAGGAAAAGAAAGAUUUUUAAGAAAAUUUAUAAAUGCUCUCUAUAAUUUGAUCUUAUUUUGAUCUGUGAAAAUAUCAAGUAAAUCGAUGUAGUAGGAUGGAAUUCGGAGCCAAAUACCCUCAUUGACUGCCCUAUCAAUGUUUCCACAAGAAAUAAUGGAAGGGCGUGUUAGUUAGUGACCUGCAUAUUAAUAAGUCACAUACGAUAUCGAAAAAAAAGAAGAAAAAUGAUUAAUACGGCGAUGACUGUAAAGAAUUAGUGCGUAGAACAUAAUAUCAUAAAGCAAUAACACAGCCACACACAAGGUUCAUGAACUCACGGACCCAAAAGCACUGUAAGAUGGCACAAUAUCACCAAAGCUGUUUAGCCAAGUCCUAGAGGAUGGGUUUAAGAGACUCAAUUGACAAGAGGAAGGAAUAGAAUAAACGGAAAAAAUCUUAACCAUUUGCAAUACGCCGAUGAUGUCUUCCUGGUAGGAAGACAUCAUCGUUCAAGUUAUGAAGAGGGGUUAAAAAUACGCAAUAGAAAUAUAAAAUAAUAAGAUAGAACAGGUCUCAAGCUACAUAAUAUACAGUAUGGUGCAAAUAAAAGGAAUAAAUUCGUUAUUUCGUAAACCGACGACACUACGGAAAAAUCCCGAAACAGGUCGAUUUUUGUUAUUAAAUUAUAUUUUGGCGUGUAUAUCAUACCAGUGACAUCAUCUAUCUGCGCGUGAUCAUGUAAUCCAUGAUUUUUUUAAAUGAGAAUAGGGGUCGAGUGAUAGCUCAUUUGAAAGGCCAUUAAAUUCUCUAUUCAGUAAUAUAAACAUUUACACAAUUAUUUGUACAGGGUGCAAAAAAAAUUAAAUAAAUUAUUUGAUAAAAAAAAGAAGAAUGUAUGUAGUUUAUUUAAUUCAAAAUAAAUUUUACUGUUGCCCAAAAACGGAAAAAAUGUUUAUAUCAAAAAUAAACAUUGCUUUUCGAUUAAAUUCAAUGUUCAAGCCAGCUCCCGCCAGCCAAUUGCCUCUUAGGAAGUUUGAACAUUUAAUUUAAGCUAAAAGCAAUGUUUAUUUGUGAUACAAACAUUUUUUUACUGGUUUCUAACAGCAAUAAAAUGUAUUUUGAAUUAAAUAAAUUACAUACAUUCUUCUUUUUUUUGUCAAAUAAUUUAAAUUAAAAAUUUUUUCUAAUAAAUAAUUAUGAAAAUGUUUAUAUUAUUAAAUAGAGAAUUGAAUAACCUUUCAAAUGAGCUAGCACACGACCCCUAUUGUCAUUAAAAAAAUCAUCGAUUACGUCAUCACGCCCAGAUAGAUGACGUCACUAGUAUGACAUAUAUGGCAAAAUAUAAUUUAAAAAUAAAAAUCGACCUGUUUCGGGAUUUUUCCUUAAAGGCGCCGGUUUAUGAAAUAACGAAUUUAUUCCUUUCAUUUGCAUCAUACUGUAUAUUUGAAUACAACAGACUAAAGUGAAACUUUGCAGGCCAUAACAUCAGGCAGAAGACUAUAGAUGGAACAAAAAAGUGCUGCACUGGAGAACCUAGGAAUUAAAACGACACAAAGUAAGACCACAGAUGAGGAGGGCAGAAGAUUUAAUGAGACAUGCUGGUCCAAGAUGGAUAAAAAUUGCAAUGGACAGAGAAUAAAAUGAAAGUCAGAGGGGGAGGCCUAUAUCCGAAUUUGGAUAUAAUAAGUGCUUUAGAUAAAUGUAGAUUACCUCACUGAAGCCAGUAUCCUGCAUUUUCUUUUAUUGUAUACAGUAACUGUUGCAAUUGGUAUUUAUAUGAGCAAGUAAAAAUGUUGUUCGUGUCUUGUGCAGUUCUUGCAAAUAAUUUAAAUGAAACAGAUUAAACAUUAACGUUAAAUUUUUAUUUAGGUAAGCGAAGAGAAAAAUAGCCUUUUUAUAAGGAAAAUACUUUUAAGGAAAAUGAUUAUAUUUACCUAAGUUUUCGUUUCAAAAGUUCAUUGUAUCAAUUACUGCGUUCAGUGUGGUGGGUAUAACGCUAAAUAUAGCAACUGCAGACAUUCUACGCUCCAUAAACAAAAUCAAAUUGAAGCAUGGUAGGUAUAUCUAAUCCUGGACAUUCGACAGUAGUACUGAUUACCUUUUUUUUACAAGAUUAACAAUUAGAGCAUAAUAAGAAUAUAUGAAAAUAAUACAACUUUCUUUUAUUUAGAGACUAUCUUUUAAAAAUAACAAAAAAGUUUAUUGUUUAUGAAACAAAAACAGAUGGUUUACUUUUAGUUCACUGUUAAAAAAAUUUCAAAAAUAUUAGCCAAAGUAACCAAUAUAAGGGUAAUAAUGAAGACAACUUAAAAUAUGUGUAGGGUUUUCUUAUGACUUGCAAAUUUAAAACCAAUUUUUCAUAUAAAAAAUUUAUUUUUUAUUAAACAAAUUCUUCUCUUCAUUUGAAUGGCCUUAGCUGCCAGGGCUAUCCGGCCAGCUCUAGUAAACAAAUUGUAAAAAAAAACUGGUUGAACCGAAAAUGAUUUUAAUUGUGCAAUAUAACAUAUGGAUUAUAAAAUUAUAGUUAUAAUUAGAGGUGUAUUUUUAUUUUAUUAUUUGCCACUUUCAUUUAUUAAUAUUUUUGUUAACGGUUUCUACUAAUAUUCACCAAUAUGAAGCGGCAGUUACAAAAAACAUCACGACUGUGGUAAAAUGUUAAAAAACGAUAGUGUAUAAAAGUAAAAAUGAAUUUAUUGUCUUGAAAAAUGCUUUUGCUAAUAUUUUUGCCUUUAAAAACGCACUUACAUAUUGUAUUUGUACUUUAUUCUUUUUAGAAGUUUGAUAUUACGUCAUGUACAAUUUUAAGUUAACUUUUAAUGUAUUUUACGUUGACUCAGUUCAAGACGUAACCACUUAAGAGUUAUUUCACACAUUAAUUUAACGUGCACGCUCGAUUUAACUCGAGCACGCUAAACUGUCCAAACUGUGCACACUCGAGAUAAUUCGAGCGGCGUUGUAUUUUAUGUUGCUAAAAUUUUUCACACUCGAAUGCAAUCUAGAAUUGAAAAUAACAAUGUGAAAGUAAAAAAUAUAUAUCUCUUUUCUACUUAUCACUUACGACUAAUCUCUUCCUUGUGAGCCGCUUUCCGACAAAUGUGCAUAAUCAUAUUCUUAUUCGGUCAUUUUUCAAUAUAUAUUUUACUAAAAUAUAAUAUAAUGUAAAAAACAGUAACUGCGCAGUAAACAAAACACGUUCCAACAAAAAGAUGAUCGUUGAUCGCUUCGUCCUUACGAUUGUUCCAACAAAAAUUGUUAUCAUUCGGUAACAGUUUCGUGACGAUCAUUUCAGUAAUCGGAUAAACGCAAGUACUGGUUGGGCUAAUCUGCGCACUAGGAUAACUUUUUUCAUUAAAUACAAAUUGAUUUUUUUGGCCGGUCUUUUUUUUUUAUUUGAUACACUGCAUUUUUACAAUCUACUCUAUAUAAAAAGUAAUAAGUAAAUGGCAUGUAAGUCAAUUAACAUGAGUUAGUUACCGUCCAGUGACGGUUCUCUAAGUAUUAUUGUGGUAGGUCGUCUGGCCAUAUUCUCUUUAGUCUUCUUUCAGCAAGUGAUUGGGUGAAUAAAUUAUUUAUCAAUUCGUUGGUGUGAUCAGUGGUGCGAUUUUUAUAUUUUAUUGAACGAUUUUUUAUUAAGUCCUUGAGUAGUGGGAUGUCCAGAUCAUUGUGAAGUGUCUGGUUGGAUACUACGUACCAUGGAGCUUUACUUAUCAUACGGAUAAUUUUGGAUUGGAAUGUUUGGAGUAUCUUCGUAUUUGAAAGUUUACUGCGGCCCCAUAGUUCUAUUCCGUAUGACCAAACUGGUAUAAGUAUAGCUUUGUACAGAAGCAGUUUAUUUUCAAGAGAUAACUGAGACUUCUUGUUAAAUAGCCAGUUCAUAUUUUUUACUUUAAGGUCUAAUUGUUUACGUUUAGUUUUAAUAUGCGUUUUCCAUAUGAGUUUUUCAUCCAGAUGCAAUUGGAAUCGGAGUAUUAUUUAUAGAAACGUGAGGACAUGUAGAUUUUCGGGUUGUAAAAGUAAUUUGUACUGAUUUGCUGGCAUUAACAUUUAUUUUCCAUCUUUUGAGCCAGUUUUGUAAUUGGUCUAAAUGAUUUUGUACUUUUUGUGAUGCUACAUUAGGGUCGACAUCCAUUGCUAAGAUUCCCGUAUCAUCAGCAAAAAAGCUAAGAAGGUAUCAUUUCUGGUUGGAACGUCGGCUGUAAAUAUCAGAUACAGAAAUGGAUCAAGAACGCUACCCUGUGGUACGCCAUAUUGGAUGGUGUGGUAAUUUGAGAAGUUGUCUUCAAUUUUGACUUCGAAGUAUCGGUCAGUAAGAUACGAUUUUAGCAUAAAGUAUAGUUGGUCUGUUAGGUGUAAUUUCAGUUAAUAGAGUAGACCUUGAUGCCAUACCCUAUCAAAUGCCUGUUGUAUAUCGAGAAACACUCCAGCGCAAAACUUUUUCUCUUCAAGAGUUGUUUUAAUUAUAUUUACUAUUCUAUGGCAUUGUUGGAUGGUUGACAAACUCAUAUAACUAUUACAUCUUUCAGGACUUGACACUAAGGACAUCAAGAUUAUAAAAAAUCUAUUUUGGAAUCAAACAGCCCACAUAAAGAAUGGACAUAUGGUGAGUGAAAACAUAACCAUUUCUAGAGGGGUUAGACAGGGCUGUAUUCUUUCGCCACUGCUUUUCAACCUGUACACGGAACAAAUAUUUCUAGAGGCAAUGGAAGAGUACAUUGAGGGCAUCAAGAUUAAUGGCGUACCAAUAAGUAAUUUUUAAUAUGCAGAUGAUACUGUUAUACUGGCGGAUAACAUCGAAGAUUUACAGAUGAUGCUAAAUAGAGUAAAUACAAUUGGCAACCGAUUUGGACUGAAGAUCAAUAGAAAGAAAACUAAAUUUAUGGUGAUCAGUAAAAAGAACAUUCAACAUAUCGACCUGAAUAUUUAAGCCGAACGUAUUGAAAGAGUACACCGAUUUAAAUAUCUGGGAUAUACAGUAAAUGAUAAGUGGGACCCAGACGUAGAGAUUAGGAUCCGAAUUGAAAUAGCAAGAUCCAAAUUCAUAAAAAUGAGAAAGCUCUUAAGCAACCGCAACCUAAGCGUUAACCUCCGAUGACGCGUGACGAAAUGCUACGUACUCUCUACGCUACUUUACGGAGUAGAAGGGUGGACGUUAACAGCAGCAACUAUAAAAAAAUUAGCGGCUCUAGAAAUGUGGCUGUAUCGACGCAUACUGAGAAUACCUUGGACAGACAGAGUGACCAACACAGAGGUAUUGAGACGAAUGGGUAAAGAGGUGGAAUUGUUAACAUUUGUUAAAAGGAGGAAAGCGUCAUACCUGGGCCAUGUGUUCCGUAAUGAUAAAUACAGUCUGCUACAGCUUAUCGUGGAAGGCAAGAUUGAAGGUAGAAGAGGUUUAGGCAGAAAGAAGAAAUCCUGGCUGAGAAACUUGAGAUAAUGGUUUCAAAUACCAGAAGCUGCGAACAUAAUACUUGCGGCACAAAACAGAGAAACCUAUCGUUUGAUGGCCGCCAACCUUCGGUAGAAGACGGCACAUAAAGAAGAAGAAGUUGGAUGGUUGAGUGUUCACGUCUAAAUCCGAAUUGGUGUUGUGGUAUAAUUUCGUUUAUGGGGUACAACUUGCUCGAUUUUAUGUAAUAGUAGCCGUUCUAAUACUUUCGACAUUAUUGCGAGUAUGCUUAUAGGGCGAUAUGAAUUUGCUUGUGUUGCGGGUUUACCAGGUUUCGGAAUCAUAGUAACUUGAGCUAAUUUCCAUUGUAUUGGAAAGUAGCGAAGACGUAGUAUGCUGGUGUAUAUUACAGUUAAUAACACCACUGCUUUUCUCGGUAGCUUCUGAAGUAAUUCUCCUGUUAUCAAAUCAUAGCCAGGAGCUUUCUGAGGAUUUAGCAUUUUUAUUUGUUGUCGAACUUCUGCCGGAGUAAAUGUUGUCAGAGGAAGAGAUAGUUGACAUGGAGUUUCGAGGUACCUUUUUAUAUCGUCAUCUUCAUUGUCAUUGUUUUCUGGUGCUGAGAAUACAGUUGCAAGAGGCUCUGCGAAUACUGUGGUUUUUUCUUCAUUUGUGCGGACCCAGGUCAUAUCUGUUUUUCUUAAAGGUGAAUUUGUUAUUGUCGGUCGUUUAAAUUUUUUUGUAGCUUUCCAUAUAGAGUGGUCUUCAUGUGAGAGGUUCGAAACAUAAAACUGGAAGGAGUCGUUUUUUUCCUCAUAUAGUGCUCUAUUUAGUCUAUGACUUAUCCUAUUAAGAUACGUUUUAUUUAAUGGAUUUCUCGUUUGUUGCCAUAUGCGUCGAGCUCUUCUUUUUUCUGCUACAAGGUCUCUUAUAUGGAGGCGAAUAUUAUGGUUUUCUUGCACACUUCUUUGACGCUGUGGUGUUGCUUCCUAACGUGCUAUUUGUAAAACUGUUGUUAAAUAGUCUACUGCUUUCCUACCUCUUGGUUUUCUUUUAUCCUAAUAUCUAGUCUAAUAUUUGUAUUUACAGAAUUUUGGAAAAUAUCCCAGUUUGUUUCUUUACUUGACAUUUUGGGUGGUAAUGUUCUCCAUAUUAUGUGUGUGCUUAAAGUUAUUAUUAUUGUGCUGUGGUCUGAUGUUAAAUCGAAGUUUGACUCUAUUGCACUAUGGAUGUCAGAUAUCCCUUUUGUUACAGCAAAAUCUACCAAAUCUGGGAUUUUGUUGGGGUCCGUAGGCCAGUAUGUGGGUUCUCCCGUUGAUAAAUAUCUUAAGUUAUUUUGUUGAAUAGUAUUCAUUAAUGCUCGACCUUGAGGCGUGAUUAAUAUGGAACCCCAUGUUAAAAAACUAAACAUUAUUUUCGAUUUUUCAACUAGCUACACUAUUAAAUUAAAUAAGUUAAAUAUGGUACUCCAGCAUCAAUGGUAAAUUCCUUUUUGAGAUUUAUCUUCUUCAAGUACCAUGUAAUGACAAGCGUUGGAGAGCAUCAGCACAAUCUACACUUUUAACAUAUUUUCUAAAAGAGAGUCUGCUUACUCCAUACCAUUGUGUAAGGUUCUUUAGCCAGGAAGUAUGCCUGUGACCUGAAACUCUAUUUCUUUCUGUUAUCCAUUUUAGGGGUUCAUAUGUAUCAUUUCUUAAGAUGUUGCCAAAAUAUUCAAGCUUGCGCUACGUUACUGUUAAAUUAAUAUAUAUUUACUUUUUGUUAAAUUCACUCAACCUACCCCAAAAUGUGGUCCGACGGGGUUUUUAGUUUGUUGUUCUGUUUUAUGCAACCAUACAAUGAUAAAAAUUUCAACGCAAAUUCGUUAGACGACUUCAUAGGGAAAGUACCACGGCACUGAUCAUACCAGUCCCUAGCCGAGUCGGAAGGGCUGGAGGGGUAAGUACCUGUUGUGUGUUCUGCUUCUGACUUCCUUUAAACCUGUUGAUUUACUGACAAAUGAUGGGACUGCACACGCCGACCAUAAAUCAACAGUGUUGCCCUAUUUCAGAGAUCGUAAACCACACAUAUUGACGGAAAGAACAGUAUAAUAUCACGUUGGGUUGGUUUCCGUCUUUAGCUUUUGUCUUCUAUUACCUAUUUUCUAUUUGCCAAGAGCGCCGAUCCACCUUCCGUUGGAUCACGGCCUUGCGGCGGUGCCUUUAGCGGCUUGUAUGAGAAAGGGAUUAUCAGGAUGGUCGUGGAUAAAUGUUUUACGGGAUUUUAUACAGAAAAUUUGCAAGACAAUCAUAAACCGAAAAUUACGAUCAUUUUAUGAUUGCACAAACUCUGAAUUUCGCUUAAUAACGGCGUAAAUUUAUAUAAAUAAGUCUAAAAUCAAACGGGUUUGUACAUAAGAUAAAGAGAGAGAGAAAAAAUAUUUUAUAAUUCGAUAUUCCAUAAAUCUUCUGCAGGUAUUCUUCUUAUAGAUAAUAAAUGACAACGGCUUAAGCUCUAAUCAGCUUAGCUAACGCUGGGUUUAAGCUGUUUUAAAUGGCACCUAGACUAACAGUAUUUAUGAAUGACAGUUUUAUGGACUUCAAAAAUGUGAUUUCGGUAAACUUAAAUUACAAUUUGCGCCAUUAUUAAUCAACAUUAACAGUUGGCACAAUGAUAUGAAAUGAUCGUAAAUUCAGACGAAUUUAUUCAUGUAAAUUUUAUUUAAUUUGAAUGACAUUAUAUUUUCCAUAAGAUAUGUUCCGUGUCCUCUAGUAAAGGAAAUGAAAUUUAGACAACACGUACCGUAUCAGCUUAUCGACACGUUAUAUCUUGUAUGGUUAUAUCUUUACAUGGUUAUGUAUGCUUGUAUAUAUCAUCAUCAUCAGUAGCUAGACAACCCCUUUUGGGCCCUGGCUUGUUCUAGAAUUUUCCGCCAUUCAGUUCUGUUCCUUGCUUUGUUCUUCUAAUUAAUAAGCUCAAGUGUUUUCUGUGUUGGUAAUCUCAAUGCUUGUAUAUAUACAGACAGAAAAAUACACCAUAUCCGUUUACUCUCAACAUAUAUUUCUAUAAUUUGUAAAAGAUCUGAUGAAGUAACUUUUAAAGUGUUUAUUGUACUAAGUCUUGAUAAAUCCAUUUUAAUAUCUUAAAUAAUUAUAUUUUUAAAAAUUUUUUAUGUACGUACAUGUACUAAGAGAAAUAGGGGCAAUAUGUCUUUUAAGAACUGAUUCAUACUUGGGUGAUCAACUUAAACUACUACAUACAUACUUAGCUUGAGAAGAUGAUAAUGUAGUUACUUUUUUACGGUAGAAUUAUGAUGGUAUAAAAAAUCAGCACGAUUAUAUGCGCAAACUAUUAGUUGUUAAUUUUUAUUCCAAGAUAUAUCUCACUGUACACACCAUUAAAUAUAUUUAUUAACGUAAAAUUUUAAUGAAGUCUUUGUCUGAAUAUCAUUUGCGUUUCAAUUUCAAAUUAUGGUUUGACUUUACAUGAAUAUAAAAAAGUUGCUGACGUAAAUUGCUGACACUUAUUAACUUUCAUAUUAAAUAUUAAUUAAAAAUAAAUUCAAUUUUAACAUGCCUUCAAAGAACGAACUUUCAACAAACAUAAAAAUCUAUAUUAUAAACAAAAUAAUCACUAGAGUCAGCCACUAUUAUUUGCAUUUUCACUGUCUAUAGGAAGAGGCCAGAUAGUACCAACUGCCUUUGAGUCACACACUACGCAGUUCGUUUAGAAAUUAGCUGUACCACAUGUGCAGGUGAUGCCUGGGUUAUCAUUUUUCAUCAUCACCAUCGUGCUCAUGGAAUAUUGUGUCAUGUUCCCAGUUUAUUUACGGGUAUUUAUUUGGUUAUACCGUAUUCAUACCUGUCUAUAUACUCAUAUGACAUUGCGUAUUUGCUAAAUUCGGAAGCGCCGAAUUUUGGUCGAUUUCUCCAUCAUUUCUAUCCAAUUUAGUGUACUGGCGAGUUAGUAGCACAGUCCCAGACCGACACAGCCAAGCUGAGCCUCGACUUUAGCUUGUCUGUUUCAUAUACUCAUAUGACAUUGCGUAUUUGCUAAAUUCGGAAGCGCCGAAUUUUGGUCGAUUUCUCCAUCAUUUCUAUCCAAUUUAGUGUACUGGCGAGUUAGUAGCACAGUCCCAGACCGGCACAGCCAAGCUGAGCCUCGACUUUAGCUUGUCUGUUUCACCAGUUAGAAACUUCCAUAUAGUCCACCAAGAACCGUCACCAACUUACCGCGUCAGAUUUUCUCGCGUCCUUGUCUACACCAUUCUUCCAUCUCAAUCUUUACUUACCCCCUACUUAUAUUUCGCACAGACAUUAAUCCUGGGAUUCACCUGAGAAGGUAGUUUUCAUGCACUCUAGACAUAUCGUCCCACAUCUUAGCCUACUAUUUUUAGGAAGAAAAUUAUAUCUCUUCCAUGUGCUAUUUCUUUACAUUUCUUCUAGAUCUCAAAGUUUAGAACCAGUAAGGUAAAUACUGAAAUUGGAAACUAAAAAAGUGUUAGAACAUGUAAUGAAAUUGAAGCACAUUGAAAUCAAGUUUGGAAUCAGUAUUUAGAAACAUUUAAGGGUGGAAGUGACAAAAACAAACAAAACAAUGGAGUGAAUGUUCAACAACAUAAUAUAGAAAAGCAAAUACCUGAUAAUAUAGAGAGAGCAUAAACAAACAAAAAACACGUAUAUACAUAUCUAAUGUAAUUGACUCUUUCGUAAUGUACACUGCACUAGAUUGCAGCUGAAAUGAAUGAAUGAAGCCCUGAAACUAGAAUGACAUAACAGUAAAAACAUUGAUGGACAAAACAAGAACUAAUCAGAUUAGAAACUUAAAGCUUGAUACUGACGGGGAGAUAGACUAUAAUUUAUAUUAUAUCUCAUAUCGCUCAAUAUAGUAAUGAGUGAACCUGCAUACACGGAACCAUAAUAUAUAUUAUCUGUGUAUUCAAGCUCACUCAUUACUAUAGUGAGCGAUUUGAGAUAUAAUAUAUUUUAUUAUAGUAUAGCUCCCCAUCAGUAACAAGCUUUAUGUUAUUUAUAAUAAAGGUUCUCGAUAGAACUUUGUGUGGUAUACGGACUUGGUUUCAUGCCCUGCCUUUUUACACACACAUUAGAGGCUCCAAAAUAAAAAGAAGAAUGGAACAGAUAGAUUAAUAGAGGUCAAAAACCAAAACAUUUAGAAUAUUCCUAAGUAAUAGAUAUAUCACUAGUCGAAGAAAAAGCACAGAAACGACAUAGAAAGAGACCGAAUUGAAGAAAGGAACGUUGAGGAAACAGCAAUAUGCUUUCUGUUUGUAUAGAGUGAUGAGUGCGGCAAAUAUAACGGAAUUGUGAAAUAAAAAGAGAUGAAACUAGUAGAGGGGGGAAAUUAUCAAUAGAAACCUAUAAAUUUACAUUAUAUUGAUAGUUUCCCACCUUUUUACAUAUCGGAGUCAAACUGUCACAGGAGAAUUUUAUAAAAUUCUCCUGUCACAGUGGUAGUUGCCAAACUCCUCCGAUACAUCUAAAGGUAAGAAACUAUCAAUAUAAUGUAAAAUUAUAGGUUUCUAUUAAUAAUUUCCCACCUCUACUAGUUUCAUCUCUUUUUAUUUCACUAUGUAUUGUGUUUUCCGUCUUUUGCAUUAUUUUGCCGGUUCUUAGUGCACUCAUCAUUGUAUAAACUGAAACAACAUAACUCUUCUGUUUAGAGAUGUUAUCCAUAUGUUAUUUUAGAUCAUAUAACAGGUAAAAUUAUAAACUAACAGAAAGAUAAAUUUAUAACUUUUUUUGUCUGUACCAAAUUCUAAUAGAACACUGUUAAAUUCAUAUUUUAAUACAUAAUAUAAAAUUCAUUUAAAUUUUACGUUCAUAAAAUAGCACUGACCAUCUAUUUCUUCUAGUCAUUAUAUAACCGAAUUGUGCAACGUUUUUAGGUUCUUAAAUUAAAAGGCCUACGAUAAUCAUGAAGAUAGUUAUAACACUUUAAGUUUAAUUAAAACAGGGUGUUUGUAGUGUUUCUGUCCCCCUCAGACUGCUUUUAUAUUCCUAUGUAAGACGAAAUUUUACAAAAUUAUUUGUCAGAUUUUACAGUACAGCUAAGUAUCGAUUUAAAAUGCUUGAACUAAGCAUUGUGCACUUUGCAUGUUUAUCCUAGCGGUUGAAGCUAUACUGAUAGGUUAAUUACACCUGUGAAAUAGAGGUGACACCUUUUACUAAUUUCUCUACCUUGUGAGGUGUAGUUCUUUCAGGACAAUAGUACGUUCUUUAACGGUAAAAUAUUGCAACACCUCUAAAUUUUAGAGAACCGCUUGGAUUGACAUGAAAUUUUGCAUACACAUAGCUAACAAGUCAACGAAAAAAAGUGAUAUUGUGCCGAUGUGUGCUUUUGCCCUUGGGGUGGUUUUCACCCUCUCCUUGGGGGUGAAAAAAUAUACGACCAAAGUAAGUCCGGAAAUGGAUAAACUGACUAAUUGUAAGUAACUUUUGUUCUAUAGAGUUUUUUUAUUAAGUCAAGAUUUUUCGAGUUAUUUGUCAGUGAAUAUGUUCAUUUCUUCAACAAAACAACCACGCUUUUAGACAGUUUUUCGUAAAUAACUCAAAAAGUAAGUAUUUUGUCGAAAAAAAAAACAUUCUUAGCAAAAAUAUAGCCUGUAAAAAAUUUAAAAAAGUGGUGUAUAUAUCACGUCUCUAUACCUAGUAGAAGCAGAGUUAUAGCUAAUGAAAAAUAGGUUCAUAUUCGUCAAAUUCCAAAUGGAAUACUUUAACGUGAAAUAACAAAAAAUUAAGCACAUUUCGGGGAAAACUCAUUACAAUUUAUUUAGUGUUUAAAAAAGGCUUCAUUUUUGUUUUAUAAAAAAAAUUUUUAGCAUCAAAAGUAAACAAGUUACGCUCAAAAUAAAGUUAGUCUUUUUUUUUGUUAAAAAAAUCGGAAAAUCACCUCCUUAUUAGUAUCUCAAAUGAACUUAAUCGUUACGACUUCACAAGUUUCUUGACUCGUGUAUGUAUUGUUUAUAUGAUCUGUAAGUUUCAUCGGUUCAAAGUCCUUAUUUUUGAAAGGGCUGUAGUUAAAAGGGGUUGAACGAGUCACUGAUCACGAAUGUAUGCAAAGUUAGAAACACCAAAUCUUAAUCAAUUUUUGUCUUACAGGAAAACAAAAGAAUACAGGAUAUUCAGAAAAGCAAUGCUGACUUUUUUGUUUUUUUUUUGAGAUAUUUGGUAUCUCUAACAAUUUUUAAGUUAUUUUGAAAAAAAGCAUAUUUUUCAAAAUUAAAAUUUUUGAAAAUAUUACUUUGAAACCAAAUUUUUUCAAAAAUAAGCAUUUUGAAUCGAUGAAACUUACAGAUCAUAUGAACACAACAUAAGUAAAAUAAUUUGUGGAGCGGUAACGACUAAUUUCAUUCAAGUUGCUAAUUAGGGGGUGGUCCUCCCGAUUUUUUUUUGCCAAAACAAAAGGGACCAACUUUAUUUUGAGCGUAACUUGAUUAAAUUUGAUGCUAGAAACUUUUUAUAAAAACAGAAAUAAAGCUUUUUUUAUACAAUUUAAAAAAGUUAUAAUAGGUUUUCCCCAAAAAGUGCCUAAUUUUUUGGAUAUUUUGAAAUUUGGCGAAUAUGAACCUAUUUUUUAUUGGCUAUAACUCUGGUUCUACGAGGUCCAGAGAACUCGCGCGUACACCAUUUUUUUUUUACUUUUUUACAGGCUAUAUUUUUGCUAAGAAUGUUUUUUUCGGCAAAAUACUUACUUUUUGAGUUAUUUGCGAAAAACCGUCUAAAAAUGUGGUUAUUUUGUUGAAAAAUGAACAUUCACUCGAAAAUAACUCGAAAAGUGUUGACUUGGCGAAAAAAACAAAAGAACAAAAGUUACUUAAAAUUAGUCAGUUUAUCCAUUUCCGGACUUAUUUUGGACACAUAUUUUUUCACCCCCAAAAGGGGGUGAAAGUCACCCCCAGGGCAAAAGCACACAUUGGCACAAUAUCACUUUUUUUCUUUGACAUGUAAGCUAUGCGUAUGCAAAAUUUCAUGUCAAUUCAAGCGGUUUUUUAAAAUUUAGAGCAAAAACCGUGAAAGAAUGUACUACAACAGACUCAUAAAACACAGGUUAAAACAAAAUACAUGUAUUGAGGAUAUUUAUAUAACACAGUACGCUGGACACUUCAGUCUACAGUGUUUCCCGUGCCAAUGCAUGCGUUUUAAUGUACGUAAUCUACGUAGAAAUUGUCUGUAUGCGCCUACUCGUUCGAUUUCAAAUGGGAAAUGCAUUGAAAACAUCAUUCAAUCACUAUGUGUUUAUAGCUUUGUUUAACAAUAAAAAAUUAAUUUUUAGCAAUGAAAGUAAUCAAAACCGAUAGAAUUUGACUUGAACUUUCAAAUGCGGUAAGCAGAAUUGCCAUUUUAUUUUUCAAUCAAAAGUUAUUCGGGUUCAAAAAUUGCAAUUUUUCGAUUUUUUUAAAGUUCAACCGCGUUUAUGUCGAAAACUAUGCAUCCUACGAAAAAACUUGUAAAAACAUGUUUUGUUUAGAAUAACCCAAAAAGUACAAAACAAUGUUUUGUUUUACGAAAAAUCGCUGUUAUGUGAUUCCUCAAGUUCUUUGUUUAUAACAAUCUUAUCGACAUCCGGAUCGACUGUUACCCAAAAAAUUCGUGUUCUACGGGUCAAAAUACAUAAAAAAAACUUGGGUAAGUCCAUCUGAAUUAAGGAGGCCGUUGUACCCCCACUGGCGACAGGACUAAUAUGGCAGAUAUUUAUAUUUGUUACACAACUAACAACAACUAUAUUAAAAAUCAAUUUAAGAAAAUAUGUAUUUGCUGUACUGUAAAAUCUUAUAUAUUUAUCAUGAAUUCCUAAGAGUGAUACAUGUUCAGGUGUUAAAAAUAAUAAAUUUGAAACUAUUUUUGAAUCUAUUGUUUAAGUAGAAUGAAAUUGAUUUGUGUAUUUGUAUCCAAAACUUACGUCUUAUUCCUUGUAUUUCAUCUUUCUCUACGACGGCUUUAAAGUCGCCCACACUAAUGUUAGCAUCAUCUUUCUUAAUUAACUUCCGAAAAACCUAUUUUUCCUUAUACCAUGCUUUUAUUUCAUCAUUUUUAUUUGUUGUUGGACCGUACCUAGGUCUGAUAUUACCGUUAACAGGUUCAUAUGGUAUUUGAAUUCAUACGUUUCUUUCAGACAAUAGAACAAAGUAAGUCAUCGUCUUGACUUACUUUGGUCUAUUUGUAGCUAAUAUUAUUUUACUCCAUUUUUAUGUUCUUGAUGAGUUUUUUCAGAAUAAUAGAAGUCUAUUUGUUGUUCUGUCUUAUAAAGAAGUUCAAGAUCCCUUUAAUAUGUUAAUGAUGACGUUGAUAAUUUCUCGCCGUUGUUUUAACGCUCCUUUCACAAAAAUGUAAACAAGUGGCGCUAUCAUAGGACACACCCCACCAAGCCAUCACUGAGGCAGGAUAAUGACCUCGUUUGGCAUCAGUUCGCGGCCUUCCUUGGAUGGCCAUGCAUAAACUCUAUGGUUUUGAUUAUUCAACGUUUUCUCCAUAGUAAACUUUUUUUUAUUUGUAAAGAUGAUUUCUUUGUAACGCUCUUUACGGUACAACAACAGGCGUCUUGAUUUUUUUCCACUUUUGUUUUAAUGCAAUGGUCAGGCAUUUUCCUAUUUGUUGUUUGUAAGCCUCACGUCCCAAUUCUUGUUUGGAUUUUUGCCAGAGGCCAUGACUUUUUGUUUUACGGCAGGUUUUUGGUUAAUUCUUGCCCUAACCGCGUUAAUAACCUGUGACGUAUGAGCUACACAUGGCUGGUCGGAUCUGUUAGUCAUUUACUCUUCCUGUAUCCAAAAACAACUUUUUUUUAUUUAGGUAAUGCCUUGACAACUAAUGGCCAUUGGCAUGGUAGGUACGGUAAAUUUUUGCAGUUAGGUACCUAGUGUCAUGUGUAGUGUGUGUGUUGAGUAAGUGUCUUGUUACUUUGCAAAGUCGACGUCAGUGUCUUUGCAAAGAGACGCUAGUUGUAUCCAAACGUCUGCGGUUCCUCCGGUGAGUACCGAUCCCACAAGGACAGAAACUAUUUUUAUGUAUAAUAAACGAAAAAUUCCUGAUCCUGGUGACAAAAACAAUUUAAUACUUUAAAACACGUGUAAUUUUAACGGUUUCAAUAAUUCAAAAAUACGAGCUCUUUCUAUUCCGCACUUAUGAAGAGCAAUGGCAGCAGUAGAGUUGUCUUUGUCCUGCUACUCCAUAUUAACGGUUCAAACUUAUAGACGUAAAUAUAAAUAGACUGAUUUGUCAGCCGUACAAGCUGCGUUUAAAGCAGCUUUACAUCUAGGCUAUGCAAGUCCGUCUUGCAUGGCAUAUUUCUUGCCUAGCUUGAUCUGUUUACGUCAAAGCUAAUUCUGUGCAAUUUUUGGUAUCACUUUCAUUGUUGUCAACAAAGGAAAUAUACCAAAACAUUAACUUUAGAUACUUAUUUAGAAAUUUCACUUAAAAAUUUCAGCCCAGCAUUGUGUAUAUUUAAAUAUAAAUCACAACUUAUUACAUCCAAUAAAUACUUAACAUUUAAACUUACACAAUAAGGUUAAGUUAUAUUUUAACCGUAAAUUUUGUCAUGGGCAACAUAAGCUUUUCAUCUAGCACAGGAAUUGUAUGAAAAUAGCGCGUGGGCAUGCGCAGUUACAUAAUCUAUCUUGCAUGGCUCUUGCCUAGUAGCCCGAUAAGGGAACACAAAAUUUUACGAAAACCUCCAAAAAAAUAAAGGAAAGAUGAAAAUUUGGGAAUAGCUAAUUGAAAUUGUCUAUUAAUAUACAAGAAAAAGUUUACAAUUCUACAUCCACUCCAUUUUACAAAAAUUGGGAAAUACGGGGUGAAAAAUAUUUUCUCAGGGGUGAAAAAAUAUACGUUCAAAAUAAGACUGGAAUUGGAUAAAAUGCCUAAUUCUAAGCAACUUUUAUUCUAUAGUUUUUUCGCUAAGUCAAUACUUUUCGAGUUAUUUGCGAGUGAAUAUGUUCAUUGGUAACAAAAAAAAACAUGUUUUUGGACGGUUUUUCGCAGAUAACUCAAAAAGUAAGUAUUCUAGUGAAAAAAAUAUAACUUUUAAAAAACUAAAAAACAUGGUGUAUGCGUGAGUUCUGCAGACCCAGUAAAAGCGGAGUUGUAGCUAAUGAAAAAUUCCAAAUCGAAUAUUUCAAUGUGAAAUAUCCAAAAAACGAAGCACUUUUUGGGGAAAAUUCAUUACAACUUUUUUAAAGUGUUAAAAAAAGGUUUAUUUUUGUUUAAAAAAAACUUCUAACAAUAAAAGUAAGUGAGUUACGCUCAAAAUAUUGUUGGUCCCCUUUAUUUUUUUGUAAAAAAAUCGCGAAAAUCACCCCCUAAUUAGCUUCCCAAAUAAAAUUAAUCGUUACCGCUGUACAAGUUACUUUACUUAUGUAUUGUUUAUAUUAUCUAUAAGUUUCAUUGGUUCAAAGUGCUCAGUUUAAAAAAAAAUAGGAUUAAAAUAAAACAUUUUUUUUUAUUUGGAAAAAAAUGGAAUUGUUUAUGGAAUUAACUUUAAAAUUAUUAGUAUUACCAACAAUCUCAAAGAGUAAUCAAAUGCAGGUUUUGCUUUUCUGAAUAUUUUUGAUUUUUUGUUUUCUUGUUAGACAAAAAUUGGUUACGCUAUGGCUGUUCAAAAUUUGCCUAAACUCAUGAUUAGUUACUCGUUUAAGCCAUUUUAACUACAGCUUUUUCAAAAAUAAGCACUUUGAACCGAUGAAACUUACAGAUCAUAUAAAUAAUGCAUAAGCAAGGUAACGUAUGAAGUGGUAAUGAUCAAAUUUAUUUGUAACGCUAAUUAGGGGGUGAUUUUCGCGAUUUUUUUACGAAAAAAUAAAGGGGGCCAACAAUAUUUUGAGCGUAACUCACUUACUUUUAAUGUUACAAGUUUUUUUAAUAAACAAAAAUAAACCUUUUUUUAAACACUUUAAAAAAGUUAAAAUGAAUUUUCCCCGAAAAGGGCUCCGUUUUUGGGUAAUUUCACAUUGAAAUAUUCGAUUUGGAAUUUGACGAAGAAGAACCUAAUUUUCAUUAGCUACAACUCUGUUUCUAGUGGCUCUACAGACCUCAUGCAUACAACACUUUUUUCAAUUUUUUAUGAGCUAUAUUUUUACUAUGAAUAUUUUUUUCGCUAAAAUACUUAUUUUUUGAGUUAUCUCCGAAAAACCGUCCAAAAACAUGUUUUAUUUAGUUAAAAUUGAACAUAUCCAUUCGCAAAUAACUCGAAAAGUAUUGACUUAGUGAAAAAACUCUAUAGAACAAAAGUUGUUUAGAAUCAGUCAUUUUAUCCAACUGCGGUCUUAUCUUGAAUGUAUAUUUUUCACCUUCGAGAGGGGAUAUUUUCCUCCAUUUUACGAAAAUGGAGGGGAUGUAGAAUUGUUAACUUUUUCUUAUAUAAUAAUAGACAACUUCAACUACCUAUUCCCAAAUUUUCAUCCUUCCUUCAUUUUUUUGGGGGUCAGAUUGUUCUUUGAUCGGGCUAUAGCAUGAAAAUUGCAUAAUAGAAGUUAGAUGGCUACGUUGUAAAUAAAAACGUAACACGUUUAUGCUUAUUUACAACUCUUGUAUUACUUGUUGGAAUGAAGUAUAAAUUAUUUUAUAGAUAAUCAUGGAAUCUAUCACUCUUAGGACUAUUACACUAAAUUUUGUCUAGUCUAUUUCAGUGGUUGUACAUAUUUAUAAUGAAAUAUUUAUUUUGUACAUGUUUAGAUUUUUGUCACUUUUGUAUAACUAAAAUAAUCUAAUUUGGUGCUUAGGGAAUUAAGUUUUUUCAUUACAUUAACAUACAUUUGUUAUAAAACAAACCAAAAAGAUAAUGGGUAAGAGAUUGUAAAGUGUACUUUAUACAAAUAUUUGAUUUUUUACAAAAUUUAUUAAGCGCAUUAUCUUUCUAAUGUAAUAAUUAUUACUCAAAUAUUCAAAUGGUAUAUUACUUUGUAACAAAAAAGAUGAUUUAUGUAUCAGAGUUAUAAAAUUAAUUAUUGUUUGAUAGUUUGGUAACAUGGAAUUAUUGAUGAGAAAUAUUGUUCUGAGGCUGUUAUCGGUAGCAUAUUUUUUUAUGUCUUUUGGGCAUGUUUUAUCCAAAUCAAACCAGACAUAACUGCUCGGCGAGCAAAAAUCAUUCUCGCUUUUGUCGAUGACGUAGAUGCAGUGGCACAAUCAACAUUAGAAUUUAAGGAUAUUUUCUCCAGCUUUGAAGAAGCUGUAUUAACCCGGGAGUAGUCGCGCUCACUUCUGUAACGUGAAUAGUCGCGUGUUAGAUUCUAUCUCAAAAUACGAAUUGAAAUACGAAUUUACAACAAGUUUUUAUUUUAUAGUAUUUUUAUUUACUUGUUAUGUUAGAAAUAUUAUUUCUAACAAUUAUUAAAGCUAAUUGGCUCUCCUCAAAGCCAUAAAUUCCACAAAAAGAAGAAAAAAAAAUAAAAAAAAAAUUCCUACGCAUUACUACACCCUUCCUCGAGGCACUUACGAAAUUUUUUCAAAAUUGCAAAAUUUUUCAUCAAGUUAUCGCGAAAAAGGAUAAAAUGUGAGAUUCUAUCUAACGGCGCGACUACUCGCGGGUUAAACAUCGGUCUAAAAAUAAAUGAAGACAAAAGAAGAAAAUACAGGUCGUCUCAAAAUAAGAGCGACAGCGAAUAAGGCAAAAUAUUACUAUAAACGAUCAUAACUUCGAAGUGGUUAAAGAAUUUCAAUAUCUAGGAGUAACAAUCACAAAUGCCAACAAAAUAGAGUGAUGCGAAUUUCUUUGCAAUGCAACAUCCAAUGAAGUCAAAACUUCUUUCACGAGGUCCAAAAAUGCAGAUGUAUAAUAUAAGACCAUAAUACGACCACAACAUAGACGCUAACAAAAAAGAAAAUUAAAUAAAUUGCUGGUGUGGGAACGUAAAAUCCUUCGAAUGAUAUAUGGCCCAUGCAGAGACAGCGUGACAAACGAAUGGAGGCGCAGAUACAAUAACGAGUCUCUAUUCAGAAAGAAAAAUCUAGUCAGAUAUAUAAAGGCCAGUGUGUUCUGGGAAAGGCCAGAUGAAAGAAGGUCUAUAGGACGGCCUAGAAAAAGGUGGAAAGAUGCAGUCAAAGAAGAUCUGGAGAAAGUGGGAGUGAAACAAUGGGAAUUCGUGGCACAGGACCGACAAACAUGGAAGGCAAUAGUAAGCGCGGCAAAGACUCACGAAGAGUUGUAACGCCAUUGAUGAUGAUGAACAUGUUUUAUGAUCUCAACAAUAGGUAUUUUGUGGCCUAAGUAUUUGUACGAAGCAGUAUCCUCCAUUUAGUUCCUUACUUAACCAAGUUUGUAAUUUGCUGUGUUUUUGAGAUAUUUUCUUCUUAAGGUGCCGAGACCGCUUGUCGAUCGUUUGCUCUCAUGUUGCCCAGCAUAUUUACAAUCGUCUUGUUUACAGCCGCAUGAAAUAGUUCAGUGCUAGUUUGCCAAACCAUUGGCGUAGGUUUUUAAGCCAAGAAGUUCUACGGCGGCCCACACUUCUUUUUCCCAUUAUUUUACCUUGCAUGACAAGGUGAAGUAUGUCAUAUUUUUCUGGGUGACGCGUGAUAUGACCAAAGUAUUCCAAUUUACGUCGUUUAACCGUGUUCACUACUUCACAACUUUUAUUCAAACGUUGCAAAACCCUUUCGUUUGUGACUCUUUCUACCCAACUGAUCUUCAGAAUACGGCUGUAGACCCUCAUCUCAAAUGCUUUUAGGUUCUUUAAAAGCGAUUCUGUCAGGAUCCAUGCUUCAACCCCGUAAAGUAGUACUGGGAAUAUAUAUAACAUCGAAACAUUCUUAUGCGAAGUUCCAAAUUGAGAUCAUGACUGCAAAGGAUUUUCUUAAAUUUCAUAAAACUUGUUCUUGCUUUGGCAAUUCUCCUUUUAAUUUCUGUACUAGGGUUCCAGCUUUCAUUAAUAUGAGUACCUAGAUAUACAAGAUAACUUACGCGUUCAAUUGAGUCAUUACCAAUUGUUACGUUAUAGUUAUAAUUUGAGAUAUUUAUACAUGCCUAAUUGUCGCUAGGCUUCAUGUAGUCUUUCCGGUAUUUUUUUCGUAUUAUCCGGUCAUUCAAAUUUAUCUGUUUACAUCUAUGUAUAUCUAUGACCCAAUGCAGGUAUCCUGAUACAAUGAAACCUAUUACCUGAUUUUUUCUAUGUUCUUCCAUUUCUCUCUAUCUAUCUCUCUAGCCAUUCUAGCAAAUUCUUACAACCAAAUGGGCCGUGUAUCGUCUCCACCUCGACUUUUUUCACCUUCUACCUUCCCCUGGAUGGUAAGUUUUUCAAGACCAUUUCUUUGAAAGACGUGCUCAAAAAAGCCUUUUAUUUUGUUUUGUUAUUUGCAUUCUUAAUAUUCAUUUUAUAUUUAGCUUAUUCAGUAUAGAUUUAUUUGGUUUUCGGGCUACUAAUGGUAUUUUCAGCAUUCGUCUCCAGCAGUACAUCUCAAAGGGAUCUGUAAACUUGUGUCUUUAUAAGUGAAAUUUUUGUCUCAUUGUACCAGUCUCAUUUUUUAACUAUUUAUAAUGGGAAAUAAGCCACAAUAUUAUUAAAAAAUGAUUUUUAUUAACGUUUCAUUUUUGUAUUGAUAGGCAUUUCAUGACCUUUUCAAGUUUUUGUUAAUUUUGCCAUAUAGUUUUUUUUCAAUUGCUGACCGGCGCUUUAUUUAUUUCUCAUGCUCUUGGUGACUACAUGCCUAGUCUCAUGCUCUUGGUGACCCUGAAACAUUCAGUUCAUUCUCCAUUUACUCUCAUUCUGGCAUAAUAGGGAACUUGCACAUUUUUUUACUACAUAAUAAUGUUCAGUUUUGUUUAAAAAUGAGAUUUCCAAAAUUUCACGCUUCAAAAACUCAUAGUUAAAAUCUUCUGUGUAUUUAAAAUAGUUCAAACGACCCGUGACGUCAUCUAAUUGUACUUUACUUAUGUUUAUGUUAAUAUUUAUAUUUUAAUGGCAUUUGUCGUACGUCAUUGUAAUAAUAUAUACCAGUUUGUUGAGAUUGGAGUUUGAUACAGUUUUUGAAGAAAAGGAAAGAAGGUUUACUAUGGAAAAUAAAACACUAUAAGUGUUGUUUAGUGCCAUUUUGUAAAAGUAAAACUAUUAAAAACCCCAAUAAAAUAUUUAUUGGAUUACCGGCCGAAAACGGCGUUUAAAGUGGUUACUUGUGUGCUUAAAAAACGUAAAGAUAUUUCAGUUAAUACACAAGGUCUUCAAGAAUGUAGAGAUCAUUUUAUCGUAAGUAUAAUGUAUAUGUUGUCUGCUUACCAAAAACACUUAAAUAUUAGUUCGAAAUUGUCUUAACAAAAACACUCAAAUAUUAGUCAGAAAUAGCAACUAUCAAAAUUUUAUAAAACUGAGUGUCAGUAUCAAAUCAAUGCCAAACCUAAUGAAUUAAUGGCGAGGACAUCCAAUACUACAAUGAUAUGUCGUCACGACCAAUGAGGGUGUGUUUUGCGCUAAUUUUUAAUCGACUUUAGGGGCCAAGCGAAAGACAAAAAACACUUUUUUUUCAUUGAUAUAUGUUUCAAAUUAUGUUUUGUUGUGAUUUAUAGCAUUUUUUUUUAAUUUCAAUUUUUAUGCAAGUUCUCUAUUGUUAUUGUAUAGGCUUUUAAUGAGCUGUAUCUGCCCAUAUGACAAAAAGCUGCCACAUUUUACACCAAUUGACUAUAUUGUUCAAUUCUCUGAAUUGUUCUACUUAGUCCUUAGUAAAUUAAAAGGGUUAUAUCCUCUCUAGAAUUAUGUGUAAAAGUAUCUUGUUGCAUACUACUUCGGUAAUGUUUAUUGGUGUUGCUUUGUCCUUGUUAACAAUUAUUAUGUAAAGUUAAACAGUUUUCAGUUUAUUUAAUGAAAUAUUAUAAAAAAGAGAUUAAAAAAUGAGGUUCUGCAAACGAAUAGUUUCCGAAUAACCUUAAGAUAUUCAGAAAUGUUAGAACAUAUUUUAGAUCCAAAUCUUCCAAGUUACCAAUCCCUAAACAUUAAUACCAGUGAUCAAAUAUGUAAUAUUAAAAAAUUAUAACAAAUUAGGAAAAUAACACUUUUUAUAGUGUCUAUGCAAUUCUUGCGUUUUAUCUAUGUAUGCUUUUAAUAAUCAAUUAGGUAUUUUAUUUCAUUAUCUUAUUACAUCAGUAGGCAAUAGUUAUAAUUUCUAUAACCUAAUUAUGAUCUUUAAUGUUUAUAUUUUUAAUUUUUGCAUUAUUUUUCGUAUUUUUCUAUUUUAUUAUACCUAUUAUUCCUACUUACUACUUAAAUUAAGGACUUUAACAAUUCAACUGUUGCAUAGACACAUUAUUUGUUUUAUUAGUUGUUACGUUAAAAUUUUGAUAGAGUUAUUUUUACUAUCAAACGUAGAAGUAUUGUGAUGAUAUUAAAAUUUUUAUUUGUCCUUGUCAAUGAAUAAAUUUGACAUUUGAA